CGGGGAAAUAGAGGCGCGUUUGUUCUAGCGGACGCUAGCUGUCGUCGUCUGUUGCUCCUUAGCAUUACUCACGCGCCUGAGGUUCAGCGUCAGGCUCGAGGUUUUCUCAAUGCGCCAUUUGCUUUUUCCCGCUAUGUCAAAUCGAGGAUAGUGCCUCCAGUUUUCUGAAAACGUUGGUGGACUGACUCGCAUGAAUUGCGUAGAGCUGUAUAGAUACAGACAGGCGUUUUUUGCAUUCACGGUGUUGUUUCGACUCAUUCAUGCACCUGCAAUCGUCGUUCUUGAGAGGGGCAGACCUCAUACCCUGUAGACCGCGGAUUAGCAGAACAUGAAAGAGCCGUGUCGCACUCGGUCGCAGUGGAGUUGUAAAUAAUCUCCGUGUUCACAACGGAUCCCCGGAUCGAUUUCCAGUCCUAGAAGGCAAUGGCGCCUGGCAACAAUGAGGGAGUUCCCCCUGAAACCGUCCCCUGUGCUCCGGCGCCUCGCCGUGAGCGCUGUCGCUCCUUGGCUGAACUGGAGACGCCCGAGCCUCUGUGUUUCGACUACCUUCUUUCCUUCCUCGACCUCCGGGAUUUCUUAACUCUUUCUUUGGUGUCUCAUUCUCUCCGGGACAUUCUCUUGAGCGAUCUUACGAGGGCGGCACGGUGCGUUUCAGGCCUCGCGCUCCACUGUCUGUGCGACUCUCCAGUUUACCCCCCCCUCUGCCUCGCGCAUCGUAGGUCAGCCAUCGAUACUGAACUUCCUCUUUCUUCCGAAGACAAAAGAGGCGAAUCCUGCCCCGUCGACGCGUCGGCCCCGCCGCGUGGGUGUCUUUUAGAACAGUUUCUGACCGAUGAAGGCGUAUCUGGCACCAAUCCUGGAAAUGAAGCUUGUGUACCCCGCUCCUCCCCUGCCGAGUGUACUCGUACGGACAAGAAAACGGGGAUUCUGUUGGAAACGGAUUCGGUACUGUCAGGGGAUUUCCGACAGUCGGCUCCGCAGGCGACACUCCAGCACAGUGAAGACAUUCCUGACACGGCCGACCUCAGGUUUCGUCCAGUAUUUGACGCCAGUGAAGUGUGCGAGCACUUGCUUGCGGCACCGUGCAAGGGGGUGAAUGUGACUGAGGUUCUUUCCGGAAAUGUCUUCCCAACGGACACGAGGCGCAGACCCCCAGGCGGCUUCAGCCUUCCUCAGGAAGUAACUCGCCGCGCAUGUGCAGUCCCCCUGUGGAAGGCGCUGGUGCUCGUAGCCAAGGGCCUGUCUGUCUUGCGUGUGGGAGCUGCGGCGUUCGGCGCGGUACCUCUGGCUAUGUGGGCGCAUUUGCUGAAAGGAAACGCAGCCACCCUCCGAGAAAUCUCUCUCUCGAGCACGCUUCGGUGGGAGUCCCGCCGGCAACAGCAGCACCGACAGCGGGAGUUGCUUGACCUCCUGUGCUGUCUGGACACCCCGUCGAGCGACGUGGAGGAGGCACUCGUCUUCGCCGCGUCCCAGCUGCUCCCCAAAUCCGUCUCUCCCCCGAGUUGUCCGGUUUCGCAGCCUCUGUUCCCCCAAACCACCCGCGAGCCUCGAUGUGACUCGGCUCGGCUACGGGCGGAUCCGGAGCCGGCGCGGCGCAUGUCGCAGUCGGCAGCUUUCCAAGCGUGUCGCAACCUGUCUAGGCCUGGCGAAGACAUUCCUCUGCCGGCGCUCAAGUGCCUCGCGAUCGCCUGGGGCCCCUGCAGCGGCUUGCUCCAACUCUUCAGGCGGUACACUUGCCGCCAGUGUGAAGAGCUGCAGCUGGUGGUAGCAGACAUGCCUACAGCAGCGUGCUGGAACGAAGACGUAGAGAAUGUUUUGGACCGAGUCGGAAGCGGGGGAAAACUUCGGCGGUUUCGCUUUGCCGUCGCACCCAAAGGGUUCGUCCAGGAGCGCAGUCUCAUCAGCUGGCUGCUGUCGUCUGCACGAGACUCGGAAUCGCACCCCAGCACGCUGGAUCGUCCGCCAAAGGUCCUCUCCAACGCCUCCUGGCUAGCUGCCCUCGAAGAGCUCUCCAUCGACACAGACGACCCGUGGCUCCUGCCGAAAGCGGCUCAGCUCAUCGCCGCCGUCACACGACCCGCCACGCAGCCUGCUGCCGCAACGAGCACUCGGUCCCCUAGGACGGGACCCUCUGCUCGUUCUCGCGGCAGGGACGCCGCGGCAUCUCGCGACCAUGGGAGUUUCCAGCCGUGGGGAAGCGCAGGGCUUCAGGUCGGGCCAGCUGCUCGGCGAGACCUGAGAAGUGUCUCGGAGAUCUCCAGCGACUCGAGCGGCGAGUCGGCGAGCGUAGACGGCGAGCGAGGCUCUCCCGUACUUGCCGGGAAUCCUGGAGCCUCCAAGGACCGGCACAAGCGCCAGAGUUGCGGCACCCCUGAGGACAGGCGCCAGGAGAGGGGCAAGAACGAGGGCGAGGGGGCGGAAGCGAGUUUUGAUGGCGCGUCUAGCACGACCGGCCUGCGAGGCUUUUCUAGAACCGAGCUUAGGCCAGAAAGUACCGAACGUUGGAUGUUUGCACACAUGGUCGAUGGAAGAGAAGGAUGUUCAAGCAGUGUGGGAGACCCGGCAGACCUCCAGGCCUUGGACCAUGUGCAGUGUGACACAGGGCGCAGUUGUGCCUUCCCGCUUCCGGAGAGCGAAGACCACCUUUCACUGACAUGUAGUGGAGGGACCGACGGGGAUCUGCACACUGAAAUAUCUGGACCGUCUGCUCGGCGGUUCCCUUCGCUGCGGUUUUGUAGCUUCCGCUGCGGGUCUGCGCCUGCUUCGGGUGCUGGCUGUUUCUCUUGGGGAUCAGCUGAGUCUCUCUUGACCGCCGCCCCCCCAGGCUGUGCUCUUCGAUUCCAUGGGGACAUUCUUUUCACCACUUGUGGGUAUGGGGAGCGUCGCGUUUUUUCCUCUUCGGUCCAGGCUGCGUCUGGCUCUGCCUUCUCGGACUCUCAGUUCAGUGCUGCAGCACCAUCUCCCACAGAGCACGGGCGAAGAGGCAGUUUUUCUCGAGGGAAAACAGAACCCGUUGCUCGAGUCACAGAACACGCUCAACGGCGUUCCAUCCGUUCACAUGGGGACGAGGCGGCAUCACCGGCGCCGACGGCCACUGUGCGUCAGUGUUGCGUACCAUCGCGCCUCACGGCGCAACGAAGGUUGCGCCAGGUGUCCAGGGGCUGCACUGUGGCGGAUCUGCAGCCUCAGGUCUGUGUGAAAGGCGCUGCUUUCGUGCUGCGGGAGAUUCACGACGUGAACGAUCCGCUUGAUUCCCCUGUUUCUCCGUCGUUCCAGGCGCCGCUGAGACUCUGCUGUAGGUGCCGGAGACAUCCUACUCGUCAUGGGUGUGGGCUCCAAGGGCGAGAAAGGGAACUCCACACGAGUCCGACAUGCUGUGGGCGUCGCGACCGUAAACGAAUUAGCCCACGACAGUAUAACGUACGAUCGGAGGCUUCGAGAAGUGAGUGUCGAGACACCCGAUUUCGAGCGCAUUUGGAACUUCCGCUUCUUCGCAAGACGAGCAGAAGCGGGGGCAGCGAGGUGGCGGCGAAGGGUAGCAGCUGUCUGCGGGGUGCUUCUCGGAGAUUCGGACGCGAGCCAGAACACGGAAAAAGAACUCUUUCCGUCGAAAGGCGCUGCCCUCGCGGACAACACAGCAGCCUAUCUGCAGGCUGCGAGACUUGUGUCUCGGACGCGCGGGAGGGCUCCCGCCCAAGUCACUUGUUCCCCGCUGUUCAAGUGCAGCUGCCGAACCCCGCCGCGUCGGAUCCUAGUCCGGCUGGUUCGCCUUCAGAGACCUCUCCGUCUGAGUCGAUGGAGUUCGAGAGCGACUGCGCGGGAGUUCGUGGUCCGCCGCCUCCCCGGACCUCGACGCAGGCGUUUGCAGCGCAGUCAGCCGCCCGUCCUUCUCCUGAAGUGUCCGGGUUUGAGGCGAAGCCGUGCCAGAAGCGACCCCGUGAGCACAGGCUUCCAGAGUGGCGGCACUGGUGUGCAGAGUAUCUCUCAGGUAUCCUGGAUAACUUGCCUGGGUACUGCCUCUUUUUGCCGCCGGUAAAGAUUUUCCCGAAUGGAGCGGCGCACGGUUGCGGGGGAGUGGACGGCGCGCCUCGUUCUGAGAAUGGUUUCCGCUUAGGAUCUCAUGCGGGCGUCAGGGUAGGGAGUCGAAGACAAGAAGAUGAUAGCUUGGCAGAUAGAUAUCCUAGCUCGGCGGAGAGACGAACAGCAGAACGCACGAACGCCGGCAGCCAGUGCUGUUGCGUUUUCACGGAGGGAGGGCUCCGAGAAGACCGAGGAGUGGAGGAGAGAAAAUGUGUCUUCACUCUCCACCGCAGAACCAGCAGAGGGGAAAGACAGAGAGAGGGGACGCGCCACUUGGCCGAAAAAAAGGCACACAGACGGGGUUUGGAAACAUGGCCCGACAACACAGAUGACAAUGGCCAGCUCAGGCCGGGGCAACCACGCGAACCGUGUUAUGCCUCCAUUUCUGAGGUUGGAGACCGUGAGCCAGACAGCGUAGCACUUCUUGCUGCUCUCUGCUUAGAUGCGGUGUUGCGGCAGAGAUUUCGAGGCAUAGCCCUAGAGUGCAUUUUCACGACUACACAGCCUCCAGCCUCCACUUCGGAUGCUUCUGAGUCACGUGUCUCAAACAUUUCGUCUGUAGACAUAUCAGAAGAGUGCUGGCCACCAGUGGAAAUGCUUGUCGAGCAUUUGCCUGAUUCUCUGCGGCCUCCCCUAGAGAUUCUUCGCCUAUUCGUAGAUGCCACUGCGACAGAAGACGCUAUAUUAGCGAACCCAGGAUGUUUCUGCAUCGGCGAUCCACUUCGCGAGGUUUUCUCGUCGCCGCCUCGGGGGAACGAACAUCGGGUUUCCAGAGACAUCUGUGGCUGUCAGCCUGAGAAAGCGGACGGAUCAGCUGAAACUGUGUCAGCGAAGCAGUCCCAGACGAAUGCAGCGGGGGACAAGCAUGACCACGCCAAAACGGUGGCGCGGAACCACUGCGAUGCCAGACAGACGUGUGACUCCGACGGAAAGAGAGGCGAAACAGGAGGACACGAGGAGGAGAGCGCGUCUGGCAAGGCGCUGCAUGAAAAAGGGAAGGAAGAGCGAAGUCAACUGAUAAAAACGCAUGCGUUUCACACACAGAGUGGAUUUGAGCAGGCAACAAAGCAAUGUGAGCCGUCUUCAGGGACGGCCCUUUUCGAGGUUUCUCACAAAGGCGGUGUCACUCCCCUUCUGUCUGAUACAGCCAAGUAUCGAGACUCUUUGUUGGCGCAAGCAGGCUGUGUUGCUUCGGACGGGUCCAAGUUAUUUCACCGUGCUGACGAAGGUGGAAAAGUGCCCGGAAGUCUCGUGUCACUUUUGUCUGCGCUGCAGCGGGUGUAUAGGGGCAUGGACCGCAUCGAAGUGCGUGUGUUACGUGGCGACCCUGGGACGAAAAUAGCUGGGAAAGAAGCAACAAAGGAAGCGACUGAGGAAAGCGAUUGUUUGUCCUGCCUUUUGUCGAACAGCGCGCGGCUGCGGGCUCUCCACGAGGUGCUGAUGUCAUUCGACUUCUUCCCUGUGUGUGUGUGGCAGGGUCAUUAUGUCUUUGAAACCUUCGUUGCUUAUGAAAGAGCUGUGUAGUCUGGAGGAGACAAAGGGCAUGUACUUCUCGUGUGCAUCGAUUUGGCAUACUCGUCUCAUGGACCAGGCGGGACCGAUGGGCAGUGUUUUAGACAUGCAGAGAAUCUGUCUUGGAUGUGCGGCAGGUAUUCAUGCGUCUGAGGACAGCCCCACUUUCCGUGGGGACGAGGGCAUAUCUGUGCUGACUGCAUUUCACACUUGUUUCUCGGGUGUGUCCAGACGGUCCUGGUAGAUCAGUUUCAAUGAAGAACUCUUGCAAAUUACCGUUGAAACACCUUCUAUGUCUCGGGUGCCAAGGAA